AUGGCUUGCACAGCGGCCGGCCAAGACAGGUUUAUUUGUAUUAAGAGAUACCCUGCUUAUUUAAAUAACAAGAAGAUCAUCUCGGAGGGUAGGCAAAUCCCCAAAAGUAAGGAAAAAAAAAUGUACUCCAGAGAACGGAAUCGUAAUGCUCAGUACAGGGGCAGAGACCGGGUUCAACUCAAACAGGAAGUUGGCAGCCUCUGUCUUGUACAAGUCCCACCACAUAAGUCAGUAAUGUUGUAUACAGCGGAAAUGAUUCCUAAACUAAAAACAAGGACACGAAAAGCAGGAGAUAGUGACCAAACUCUUCAGCAAGGAGAAAGAAGUAAAAAAAGGGAAAGGAAAGAAGUGACUUGGCAAGACAAUCAAGUCUGACAUACUACUGUAAGAGACGUGGAUGGAGGUUUCUGAUUUGUAUCUGAGAGAAACUGAAGCUUUUUGUUUGUA